AUGGAGUCCUCUCCGUCGAGGAGCACUGUAGCUGCUCCCGCCGCCGGCAUGAAGCGUCCAGCGUCCCUCCUCCCAGCCUUUGAGCCAUUGAGCUCGUCCCCGUCUCUGCCACGGCCCCAAAAGCGUGUAGCACGCGAACCUCAGGUGUCCACGUAUCCCACCCCGGUGCCAACCUCUUCGACGCACAUUCUCUCGUCCUCUCCACCAGGGAUUGCCGCGUCUCGCCCUUCAGAGCGGCGGACCUUCUCCGGAGCAUUGGAACGCGCUCCCUUGUCGGCCGUACCGACUAUCAUGCUCCCCGACAGUGGUGAGCCCGUCCUCAUGGGUCGUUCAAGUGCCUCAUGCCACCACCAGCUUGCGGCGAGCCGCAUGAUUUCCCGCGUUCACGUCAAGGCUACCUACAAGCCGGCACCGAACCCCUUCGACCGCGAUAGGGUGGAGAUUAUGUGCAUGGGUUGGAAUGGGAUUAAGCUCCACUGCCAGGGCAAGACGUAUGACCUGGCCAAGGGGAAAACGUUCACGUCGGACAUUAAGGACGCAGAUAUCAUGAUCGAUGUGCAUGAGGCGCGUGUGUUGGUGCAAUGGCCGCGUAACGAAGACCGCAAGGAUUGUCCGUCCACGGACUCGGAGCAAACAUGGGAGGAAACUACCCCGAGGCAGCGAGCUCCGUCUCGCCGAGAUGCACUGCAGGAGAGCCCCGUGGUCGAGCGUCAGCGCCUGGUGUCUCCCAUCUCGCCAUCACCGGCGGUGCAACAGGCUCUCAUCCCGCCGUCGUCGCCCUUGUUUACACCUACCCGUUCGCGUAAUGCGGUGGUCGUAUAUGAAGACGAGGCUUCACCCGUCAAGCGCUCUCAUACUGUCGGCCAUGGCGUCGGCCGCGCCAGUGCUCUUCUCCAGAGCUCGCAGGGAGGUUCGCUAAGCGAUCUGGGCAAGGCCGAGGAGUCCUCCGAUAAUGACGAGGAGAACGAUCCCAUCGUGCACUCCUUCGGUCCCUUCGGCGAGAACCUCCUGCCGCGCAUGGCCUCGUUCCACACCGACGACUCUCCUAUCCGGUCUGCCCGUUCUCCCCGGAGCCUGCUACCCACGCAGCCCCUGCAGCCCAGCCGCUCCCCCCGCCAGCCCUCCAACGCACCAGAGCACCAUGUCUCCGAGGAGCCCGCAGUCAAGCUCCAGCAGCCGCUCGACGAGCACUUUGAGCGCGUGCGCAACCACGCUGCCAACCAGCUCGCCUUCUCCCGGCUCUCCUCGACCCCCUUCUCCACCAUCCUGAACAACCUCCCCCGGCCUUCUGGAAGUCCGAUGAGAAAUCCACCACGGGCCCUCGCCCGAGAAGGCAAAGAUGCCGCGGGCAAGGCCCUCGAGAGCGAGUACUACUACAUCCCGGACUUUGACGAAGACGAGAUGCGACGUGAGGCGGUGGUUAAUGACUUGAGGAAGCCUGGGCUUCGAAAUUGCCGGAAGCAGCACAAGCAAUACUUCUGGCGCAAGCCCAAAUAG